AUGGUGUUAAGGGCGCUAACAUGUGAAGGCCGGGAGUUGAGGGUAACUGGGGAAGAAAGUUGCAGAGAAAGAUCUGGAGCAAAACUGACAGACCAAGCCUACAAACACACAACCUGUACUUUAUGUUAUCAAUUCCUUAUAAAAGAAAAUAGAGCAUUCCGUACAGGUUAUCACACCAAAUAUACAGGUGAAAAAUGCUUGUAUAGUUUGAACCAAAGUGAAUUCCUCUGCCCUACGCACGACAACCACACAAUUAUGAGUUAUGUCUGUGAAACUAUAUCAUCUGAUGAAAAAUGUAUGCAGUGGAAAAUGUGCUGCGAGAGUGCUUGGGAGUGCUGCCUCUCUCAAAAACUGCAAAACACUACGACACCACAGGGCGCUUUCUGUCCGAUGACGUGGGACGGUUGGGAAUGCUGGGAGAGAACUCAGUCUGGAAAAGUUACCAGACAUGAAUGUCCGACUUUUAUACCGUAUACUCCAAAGGAGGCUGAAGCUAAGAAAUUCUGCACGGAGAAUGGAACUUGGUGGAGGGACAAAUCCAAACUGGAACACACAGAUUAUGACGAGUGUCUCAGUGUUACACAGCUACAGGAAACAAUUGAUUUUUUCAAAGAUGUAACCCUGGUUAGAAUCGCCGUAAACAGCGUUGGGUUGCUGCUUCUAGUGUCAUCUAUCGGUCUCUUUCUUCUUUACAGACAACUUCGAAUUCAGCAAAGGAUAAAACUUCACAUUCAUCUAUUCCUCUCUCUGCUCGUUAGAGGAAUCAUCGAACUCUUCUGGGAUGUUAUUAUUCGAUACAAAAGAGUGGAAGAUCACUCUCACGAUGCUGACCAGAUUGGAUGCAAGAUACUUUUUAUUCUAAAUCGAUUUGGAUGGUCUGCACCAUUUUUCUGGAUGCUUUGUGAAGGGUUUUUUCUACACAGACUUCUUAUUAAGACAUUCGAAAGACAAAAAACAUUGAUAUUCUAUUACCUUUUCGGAUGGGGAACACCACUUCUUCUCACGAUUAUUUAUCUCAUCGCAAAAAUAUCAUCAGAUUCAUCGUCAAAAAUAGCAUCAGAAAACAAUUGCUGGUUGGAUUCCUCCUCAUCAGGAAAGGACCUAUAUUGGAUCAUCUUUGCACCUACCAUAUUUUGUCUAGUGCUUAAUUUAUUAUUCUUUAUCAACAUUCUUCGAAUCCUUGUCAGGCAAGUCCGAACAUUACCUUCAGAACCUAGCAAUUUUAGAAAGGCCCUCAAGGCCACUUUCAUUUUGAUUCCUUUAUUUGGACUUCACCAGUUCUUUCUCAUCUAUCAACCCACGGCCGAGGAUUCGGCUUAUAAUUUCUUCCAGAUGGCAGGAGGAAUCAUCAAUAAUGCUCAGGGAAUCAUAGUUGCAUUGAUCUUCUGUUUUGCAAAUGGGGAGGUUAUAUCCCAUCUAAAAUCAUCCUACGAUACCAUGCGGCUUCAACAGAGCAUAGACCGGAGGAAAAGUCUGACGACGUCACAGACCAACACGCGCCGCCUGUCGGCAUCGUCUGUUAACAUCAACCAGAACGGACUCCCGCACGUGUCGUCGUUCCAAGAUAUAAGCGACACCUUGAAUCUCGCUGACAAUAAUAACAUUCCAAUGGAAGAUUUUCAGACAAAUGGUAUUACUAAUCCAAACUGUGAGUCCAAAGAAAAUGAGGAAGUGCAGUAACGAAUUCUAACAAAGGUUAUACUAUGAAUACAAAUUAAUAGGAUCUUUUAUGCAGGGUGCUUUGUGAAUUGCAUUUUUAUAUAUGUUACGAAAAUUUGAAAAAAAAAAGUGUUUCAUGAUUGGUGAAAUUCUUUGAAUACUAGUAUUAGCUUUGAAGGUGUCAACGGCAUAUCUACAGCUUGUUGGUCUGAAAAAUUGC